AAACUUCUCCCAGCAACUUUUCCCCCCCCCUUUUUUUUUCCCUCCCUGUGUGUGUGUGCGUGGUGCGUGUGUGUGUGUGUCUCCCUUUUGGGUACCGCUGGCUGCCGCUGCCUCCUUUUCCUCCAGCCCCUGUCUAUUUAUGUGUGUAUCUAUCCCUCCUCAAGUCACUGCCUGCUGCAAACUUCCCCGGAUCGUCUCCCGCGCACCGGAGAGAGCCAGGCAGAGAUUCGGCCGGGGACUCUCGCCGCGGCAGCAUGUUUCAGCCCACACCCAAGCGGUGUUUCACCAUCGAGUCGCUGGUGGCCAAAGACAGCCCCUUGCCCGCGUCUCGCUCCGAGGAUCCUAUCCGGCCGGCGGCGCUCAGCUAUGCCAAUUCCAGCCCGAUGAACCCUUUUCUCAACGGCUUCCACUCCACUGGCAGGGGGGUUUACUCCAACCCGGACUUGGUCUUUGCAGAGGCCGUCUCCCACCCGCCCAACCCGGCCGUGCCGGUCCACCCCGUGCCCCCUCCCCACGCCCUGGCCGCCCAUCCGCUGCCCGCUUCGCACUCCACGCACCCGCUCUUCGCCUCGCAGCAAAGGGACCCCUCUACCUUCUACCCCUGGCUAAUACACCGCUACCGGUAUCUGGGCCACAGGUUCCAAGGGAAUGAAACAAGCCCGGAGAGCUUCCUAUUGCACAACGCACUGGCCAGGAAACCCAAACGGAUCCGUACAGCUUUCUCCCCAUCCCAAUUACUGAGACUGGAACAUGCCUUUGAGAAGAACCAUUAUGUAGUAGGAGCAGAGAGAAAACAGCUGGCACACAGCCUCAGCCUCACGGAAACUCAGGUAAAAGUAUGGUUUCAGAACAGACGGACAAAGUUCAAGCGGCAAAAGUUGGAAGAGGAAGGUUCAGACUCACAACAGAAGAAAAAAGGGACUCAUCACAUUAACCGGUGGAGAAUCGCCACCAAACAAGCCAGUCCAGAGGAAAUCGACGUCACGUCGGACGAUUAAAAACUGGCACUUUUGGGACUUUUCAAAGCCAGCACCCCACCAACAGCAAGUGUUAACUGCUCACACUCCCCCCCUCCCUUGGCGUGGCAGUGCGGGGACGGGACUCGGAGAUCUCCAUCAAACCCGCGAUCCCCGCCGGGGCGGGCGGCCGGGAGCGAGUGGGGUGAGGCAGCGGGAGGUGCGGGCCGAGGCCCCGCUCGGCACGGCGGGACCUGUCAAUCCACCACCGGGACGAGGCGAUUGACAGGUAUUCCGUUUCUCGGAGUCCACUUUUGAAAGUAUAAAGGUAAAAAAAAUGUUGACAAAAAAAAAAAAAAAACCAAAAAACAAACCUUAAAAA